AUGGCCAGCUCAUUGUCGUCGUCAUCCUCAUUGAAUGGAACAAACUCUCGGAACAAGAGUUCUUUUAUUAUUGGUACAUCAAUGCUCAUGUUAAUUGUAGUUUUAAUUAUUGUGAGCCUAUUAUCAUUGAGAACAGAGGCAGCCUCGUCUCCACCAGCAUAUAAACAACAAAAUCUCGAGAUGGAAUAUAACGUAAAAUCCAAAGUGAAUCCAAAUAACGCCCAAUACGCAUAUGCUACAUUGGUCAGUUCCGUGAGUUAUUUGAUGGGAGCUCUGGCCAUGUACAAGAGCAUUUUGGAUUUGGGAGGACAAUAUGAUUUGGUACUCAUUGUUACCGGUAAACGCAUGAACGACAUUGUUAAAAACAUUGAAGCAUACAGAAAAGAUCCAUUAUUGAGUAGAGUGCAUAUCUUUAUUGCUUCAUAUAUUGACAAUCCUAAUAUGAAGAUUCCUGAGCCUAGGUUUAUUGACACCUAUAACAAGCUACACCUUUGGAAACUUGAUCAAUAUGGUUAUAAGAGAAUUGUUUUCAUUGAUGCCGAUUGUAUCGUAUUCAAGAACGUUGACAUUCUCUUCAAUUGUGUGGGACCUGUUUGUUCCGGAAGUGAUAUGGGUAAUCCUGAAUUUUUCAAUGGAGGAAUGAUUGUUACUGAACCAAGUACAAAAGUCUACGAAGAUAUGAUUUCCAAGAUGGGAUCACCAGCAUACAAGAGCUAUGACGGAGGAGAACAAGGAUUUUUGAAUUUAUAUUUUGACUUCCCAUACAAAGCUAAGGGCUGGGAAUUGGAAAAAGAACUUGACGAGGCCAAAACAGAGGAAGAAAAAAAGGCCAUCAUGACAAAGUAUACAUCAGAUGACGCCAAAGGAGUUUGGAGAAUUCCCUACACUUGGAACACUGAAGUACCAAUUUAUUACUUUUUCAAAUAUGCUUGGCUCGUUAGAUUGAAGAGAAAGAUCAGAGUUAUCCACUUCAAUUUACCCAUUAAGCCUUGGGUUUUCCUAUCAUUCCCAGUUCUCGAUGGUAGUUACUUUUGGUACAAGUACGUGGUACAAAUUCCACAAUUCUCUAUUGUUCCUCUACCUCUUGUAGGUCUGCUCCUAGCUGAAGUAUUCUUUUUAAUUUUCUCAUUGACUCUUAGCAAGUCAGUAUUCCCACUUCUCCUUUCUGCGGUUCUCCCAGAAAAUUCUGGAUUGAUUGCAACGAUUCACUUUAAAUUGGUUCGAAUAUGGUCAAAUUUGAAAAAUAAGAAAGGAGCAAAGAGACCAAUUUCAUUUUAUGAAAGGGCUAAAAAGCAUGUACUGCUGACAAUUUGGCCAAUUGCUACUGUUGCCGUGACAGCGUUAUUCUCCUUUUUAAUUUAUUUCAAUUUAGUUGCCGAUGCCUCCUAUGACCCACAUGCUCAAUGGUUCUGUCUCUUUACCACUAUCACCAUUUUCAGCGUGAUAUUUUUGUCUUUCUAUCAACAGUUCGUGAGGGAGCAAACCAAACAAUGCAUUCAAACCAAUUUUGAACAGAGUCAAUUACUAAGCGUUUCUGAUGUUGCCACCCUCAACAAGAAAAUUAUUCCUUUCUUCUUUGCCUAUAAGUUGGCAGUAAUUAUUUUGCCAACAAUUGACUUUUUGGCAGUGUGUGCCAUUAUUUACCUGACCAGAGGUCUCUUCCUUCUCAACGUAGUUUUCAUGGUUACUUUUGCUUUUUCUCAUCUUGCAUUGGUGUGGUUUGUGCUGAAGAAUUUUGGAAAACAAACCAUCUAUUCUACCUUCAGAGAAAUGGUGAAAGUCCAAUAA